GGUGGGGGCUCGAGCAAAGCCGUCGAGCGGCUGGAGGGCCUUCUGGGAGUUGUAGUUCUUUUGCCGUAUCCAGGGCUCGAAUAGUUCCUAACAAGGACUACAUUUCCCAUGCAUCCCUGCGGCGGGGAAGAUUAGGCAGGGCGUUGAGAUUUCUGUUAAGUCUUGGUCUCGGGAGCCGGACGGGAAGGGAUCGGGUCUCCUCCGGGGCAGGUAAUCCGACUUGUCGGCGGUAGGGGUGUGGGGGGUGAUAGCGGAGGAGGCGGCGUCUUGGUCGCCUAGACUGAAGAAUGGCUCCCUUUCCUCUCCCUCCUUCUCCCUUUUCCCGAUCUCCCCACUUGGAACUGGCUACUCUCUCUUUCUCUUUCUCUCUCUCCUCCUCCCCAUUUCCAGAUACGGGGAAGGCUCUUUCUUCCAGAUCCAAGUUCCCCAGUGUGAAAUCUGGGUGGCCGUAAAUUCGCCUGACUUCAGUAGGUCGCAUCUGCGUGUUUUGGAAAUUUGCUGGCCAGGCAACUAAAAACUUGCACGCAUUUAAAAUGGGCUGGUGAUUCAGGGUGCGUUCUCACGUUAAACGUGACUGUGGCGUGUGCACGCCGGAGUUUCCCUCACUCUGAGAACACAUAACGCCUGAAUGAUACACCAGUGUACUGUUUGCGCUUCUGGUUUUGCUGCCAAUUGAUCAGCCUGGUUUUCAGUAUGAUUUAUUGGCAGCAGUUGUACAGGGCUUCAAAUAGGGAGCUUUCUGAUCCUCGGUGGUGCAGGGUGGGUUUGUCCUCCCAAGUGCUUUGUUUUUCUAUGAGAACUCAGUCAAGGGAUCUUUAGUAAUGGACACAGGAGACCAACCUUUAUCCUAAGUUUGUUGGCACACAGAUGCAGAUGGUCUGGGGAAAUGAAAGCUGAUUGUGUCCAAAUCCCAGGGGGUGGGAAGUAAGAGGAGGUUUAAGGAUUUAUUUCCUUCUCCCAAAGCCUAGUGCAAAGUUAUGACUAGAUGAUUCCUUCCUUUGCCUGAUUUCUUCUACGUGUGAUAUCAGGGUGGAUGGUGUAGCAUCCUUAAAGCAGCCAAGUGCAAUUCAAGGGCCCGUUGCUGCUUCCAGCUUCUGCUUUCUGCUUUCUACUUUGUGCUGAGCUCUAUCCAUAUGCCUUCCUAUGUUCUCUGCAAAUGCAGAAAGACUGGGGUGGAGAGACAUCAUUGGUGACCACAAAUAGUGACCAUCAAUUGCAUUAAAAGCAUUACUGCUUUGAACAGGUAUAGGCAAACUUGGCCCUCCAGAUGUAUUGGGACUACAAUUCCCAUCAUCCCUGACCACUGGUCCUGUUAGCUAGGGAUGAUGGGGUUGUAGUCCCAAAACAUCUGGAGGGCCGAGUUUGCCUAUGCCUGGUUUUGAAGGACAAAUGCUUUGUUCUUGUUUUUUCCUUUUUAAUUUGACUCGUCAUAAUGACUUUGCUUCAUUAUUUCUGAUCAGUUUUAAAACUAUCAAUUGUAUCUUCCUUGCAGAGGGAGCUCUGAUAUCCGUGGUGAUUGAAAUCCGCUUGGGAACAGCAUAGUGUGUGUUCCUUUCUUAAAACGUAAGUUUCUCAUCAUGCCUCUAGACCAAAAUUUUCAAAUUUUUGGCUCCUGUCUUUUACUUUUCCCCUCACAAUUUACAUUUACUUUUAUAUACCCCUUUGUGUAUGAAGUGAAGGGUCAUAGCUCAUAGAUGGUGCUUUUGCUUUAUAUGUAGAAUGUCCCAGGUUAAGUUCCCAGCAUCUCAGGGCAGAGCUGGGAAAGAUCCCUAAGUAAAAAACUGGAGGACCACUAACAGUCAGUGUAGACCAUGAAGCAAGGGUCCAAUGGAGCACAGGCAGUAGCCUGCAUAAGGGGAGGGGCAUCUCUUUAUCUAACUUGAGAUGCACCAUUCCUACAUCAAGACACUGAGAGACUUUCUUCAAUCAGCACUUUCCGCCCAGUGCUGGUGCAUCUGAUAUCUGCUUGCCCAAAGCUGCAGAUCAAUCAAAACAUGUGGGGUAUCCAUUAUUGGGAUUCUAAAAUGAUUUUUUUUUAUUAAGAACAAAUAUUGGAGGGUGGGAGGAGAGAUUUAGAUUGAUGUUGGAGGGGGGAGUGUUAACCCUUUCCCUUUUACAGUAUUUCCUGAAUUUCAGUUGCCCCCAGUUUUCAAAGAAGAAGCAAGACUGGUUCCUGUAGUGUACCUUCCUCUUUGGGGCUAAUGGUUGCUUUAGGGUUGAUUUUAAAUGAGGGGAUGGCACAGACAGGAAGAUACAUCACCUUGCCAAAAGCCCACACACAUUUUCCCUGCCCCCAGCUGUUCUUAACUGAAGAAAAAAAAUCCAUGUUUAGUUUUGCCAGAAAAAAAUUGACUAUCAUAGUAAAUAAAACAAUGAGCUCACUUUCACAAUAUGGUAAGCCAAACUAUGACUUACGGAGCCCACAAAAAUGUAUGUGGUCCCAGAGAGGAGCUUUAAGGUGUUUUGCUCCUCCCUGGGCCUUUUUAAUGCACUGAACUAAGUUGUUUUGGACUACAUCUCCCAUUAGUGCUGGCCAGGGAUGAUAGGAGUUGUAUUCCAGAACAUUUGGAGGGCACAGGCUGGCAAUGGUGGCUGUAUACACUUACUUGGGAUUAAUUGCCUUGAAUUUAAUAGGACUUAGUUCCAGUAAAUGUGCCCAAUAUUGGCACCUGGUCAAAAUGUUGGGAACAAAGAGCCACAUUUAUUGGGAGUGGUUUGGAACUGGUAAAAUCUAUUAAUAAAACAUUGCACUUGCAUAUGAUCUCACUGUUCUGGUCUAAGAAAAUCAUUGUGCUUGGCUCUUGAAUCAACAACGGAAGUUGUUGUCUUGCCACUGAGGUCCUUGUGUCAGAUGGAAAGAAUGGAUUUAUGUAGUAUCCGACUAUAAAAACAGAACCAGCUAACAAAACAUUGGAAAAUCUCAGAACAGGUCCAUGUACUUUGCGAUUCCCCCCUGAUCAAACCCUGCCCAUCCAACCAUGCAUUGUCAGCUUCUGAGACUUUCCUGUUACCAGAGCGGUAGUCUCGUAAUCUGGGGAACCGGAUUUGCGUCUCCGCUCCUCCACAUGCAGCUGCUGGGUGACCUUGGGCCAGUCACACUUCUUUGAAGUCUUUCAGCCUCACUCACCUCACAGAGUGUUUGUUGUGGGGGAGGAAGGAAAAGGAGAAUGUUAGCCGCUUUGAGACUCCUUAAAGGGAGUGAAAGGCGGGAUAUCAAAUCCAAACUCCUCCUCCUCCUCUUCUUCUUCUUCGUCUUCUUCUUACCAAGUCUCUGGCAAGCAGCCACUCAUGGGCUAUAUUCACCUUUUUUGUGUACACCCAGUUUAGAUGGGUGGUAGAUGAUGUGUCUCAGUAAAAUUCAUCUCUGCAAUUUUUUUUUUUAGUAGAUCGGUUGUUCACAGAUAAGACUCCCAAAAAAAUGAAUAAAGAUGCCCAAAUGAGAGCAAGCAUAAACCAAAAGCUAAUCGAAACAGGAGAACGAGAACGGUAGGUGGGCUUUGUUUCCUGUUCCACAUGUAGGAAUAUAUUGCAUCUCUAUGGCUGCAGUCGUAACCCCACAUGGUUAGGAUUGGAGACUUCUGUGUUCAUUACUAGGGAAAAAAGGUGUGUUAAUAUACGAAAAGUCCUGCUGGAUCAGGCCAGUGGCCCAUCUAGUCCAGCAUCCUGUUCUCACAGUGGCCAGCCAGACGCCUAUGGGAAAUUUACAAGCAGGACCCAAGCACAAGAGCACUCUCCCUUUCUGUGAUUUCUAGCAGCUGGCAUUCAGUAGCAUUACUCCCUCCAAUCAUAGAGGCAGAACAUAGCCACCAUGGGUUGGAGCAACCUAUUGCCUUAUCCUCCAUGAAUUUGUCUAAAGCUCUUUUAAAGCCGUUCCCUGCAGCCCUUCUAAAUCUGGUUCUGGGGGUCAUGGGGCGGUUGAGAGGAGUAUGCAGGGGGAACUGCAGAUGGAGAGGAGAACCUGUAUCCAGUUGGUAUCACUGAGCCUAAGUACAAUUGUAGAGACAAUAAAAUUGGUGGGUGGUUGGGACCAUGCAUGCUGCCCUUAAUCACUUGGAGUAAAAAAAACUACAAAUAUAGCUGGUUUGGGAUUUUGCUUAUUGGGUCCAUGUUAGCUUUCUAAUUCAGGUUGUUGGACCCCUCUGCCCCAGCUAGCAUGGCUGCAAUCCAACAACAUCUGGAGGGCUACAGAUGUGUCACCCUUGGAUUAGGUUUGGCCAGUGCAGAUUCCACAUUCCAAGCAUUUGUUUGUGCUAAUCUCUCUUAUGUGUGGUAGUUUAUAUUUGUGGCUCGAUAAUGCGGUUUACUUUACUGUCCUCUAACGACAUGUUGUUUUACAGCCUUAAAGAGUUACUGAGAGCCAAAUUAAUCGAAUGUGGCUGGAAGGACCAGCUGAAGGCACACUGCAAAGGUAAUUGUCGGUUGAUCUCGGUAAUUGUGAAUGUAUUGACAGAGCUAAGCCAUAAGUACAAAGCAUAUGGAAGUGAGUGCCUAUAUAUCUGCAUUUUAAAAACUGAUAGUUUUUUUAAAAAAAACAACAACACCUGUCUGUUUCUUUCCACCUCCAUUCUAGCAGUUUUAAGCACUGCAUUUUAGACCCAGUUCCUUCUAGAACCAAAAUGUCCAUUUCCCAGAAGAUUUAUUCCACCUUCUGGCACAUAAUCAUCAGCUGCUUAAAAUUUCUAUUUUAAAAAAAGUUUAUUUUUUUCUCUCUUUAUUAUAUUUAUACCCAGGCUAUGCUUCUAACAAGCUAAAUCUGAUGAUGAUUUCAGAAUUAGGUUGACUGAGGUUCCUACUUUUAUAUGGUCACUAGUUCGAGUAUAUUUUUCCUUCCUAUUUCUGUAUAGGUCCAAUGCAGACAUGACACAUCUGAUCACUUAAAGUUAAAUGUGUAAAUGCGCUUUGGAAUGAGCCGCAAUACAUGUGUUGAGUUUUUUCAUACUGGCUAGGCCUAUCAUUUUCUAAUUUGAAGUAUUGUGUGUAACCUUGCUUAGAUGUCAUCAAAGACAAAGGCCUAGAGCAUGUCACGGUUGAUGAUUUGGUGGCAGAAAUUACUCCCAAAGGCAGAGGUAAGAGAAGUAACAUUGCUUUGACACCUAUGCAAAGAACAGUGAUGUGUAUCUGGCUGAGAUUUAUGUACUGCUGCAUCUAGGAAAGUGAAUCUGUGGUUGUGCAGUCAUUCCUGGACUGCAGCUUCCAUCAUUCCUAAUCAUUGGCCAUAUUGGCUGGUGCUGAUGGGAGUCGGAGUGCAACAACACCUGGAGAGAUUCAGGUUCUUCAUCCUUGAUCUAGGAGAAUGCCGCAAUUGGUUUACAAUAAACAAGAUUCUCUGUCAUCUUGAGGCAUGUACCUAAUUGUGCUCAUUUACUUAAUUGCGAAGAGAUGAAUUGAAUGUGUUUAAUGUGAUCAGCCAUAGGCAAUUAGGAAAGGAAGAAAGAAAGAAUUGAGUAAAACACUGGCACCAGCACAGCUCUAGCUACAGGCAAAUAGUCUCAUGUAACAACUGGACAUGUACCCUCAAUAUUAUCGGAAAAUGCAUCCAGCUAGUUCAGUAUUUCCUGAUGCGUAUUAAUGGCUUGGAUCCUAAUUAGUUCUCAGUGAUUGGAAGGGCCUCUUCUGUUUUGUCCAAGCAGAGUUCAAGGUGGAUCACAGCAAAUUAAACCACUGGCAAUAAUUAAAGGACAUAGAAUAGAGUUAUAACCCAAAAACAGAUACAAUAAUUUCAGGUAACAUCAAAGUUGAAUUCAGCCUAGCCUGACUGCCUGGCAUUUUUUUACAAACCCAUAAAGACUAAGGCUGGGAGAUUUCUCUUGGAAGAGAAUGACACAAACGUGCCACUGUGCAAAAGUUCAUAUGAUCCAUCCAUCCAAAGACAGCCCAUGGGCUAUUGAUUGUGACCUGCCAGAUGCUCAACAACUCAGACAAACCCAGAGAUACUAACUUCCCAGUAGACUGGAACUAUACAUGGCUGUUGGGCUUUGUAGAGCCAAAGUUCUGAUCUCAUGGGGUUUGUUAUUAACCUGGACUAAACAGGAUGAAUAUCGAGGGAUAUAAAAUUGGGCUCUUCACUUUGUAUGUAUUCUAUAAAAAUGGUGUUUGCACUGCAGCACUUGUAAGCUCCUGUUGUCACAUGUAAUGUGGCUACAGCUUGAUUUCUCACAUCUUUUCCCCACUCUCAUCUCUUGCUAUUUAUUCUUACUUUUCAGCCUUGGUACCCGACAGUGUAAAGAAAGAGCUUCUACAAAGAAUAAGAACAUUCCUCGCUCAACACGCCAGCCUUUGAUUUCUUCCAUUGAGUCUUACCAUGUUGUAUUACGUGAAUCUUGCCAGAAACUGGAAGACGUUUUUCCAUGCUUUAGGGUUGAAAGUUCACUUUUUUUUAAUGUUUAGUUACUGGAAGCGUACUUUGCUACAUUGACUUCUUAAUUCUUGCUAUUUUAAUAAAAAAUAAAAUGAACUGCUUGUGGGUGUAUGUUGGAAAGAGAUGCCAUUUCUUGCCAUUAAAAGGUUAUUGUGUCGCUU